UAGCCAGAGUGCCUCUCGAUCACUUUACGCUCAAACGCUGCUAUCUGGAUGAGGGAGAAGGCGAGGCGGCAGAACUGAACGAGGGAGAGAGCUGCGCACAGAGAGCCAAAGAGCUGCGGAACGCACAGAAUAAAGCAUGACAAAGGCACCCUCUGCGCAUGGAUAAAUCCAAGCCCAUUCACCAGCAUUCUACUGCUGCUGAGCCCCCCGACAAAAUGGGACUGUGCCUAAUUUGGAAUGUGGUUAUAUGCGACCAAGGACCGACUUCAUGAACAUUUGUUGGAAAACAACGCAAAAAAACUCCAAGGGCUGAUUUGUUUUCCAGACCAACAUCACCAAACGCUGUGCGCCUUUUUUUUCUACUCCGAGGAUCAAUUGCCGUUUCCCCCUUGGAUCACGGGAGACAGCUCUCAUAUCUUCAGCUUUGAGUUGGAAAGUUAGGCAGCAAGGCGAUUGUGUGUGGAGCUUAAAUUGGCUCUGCGCCGUUUUCUGCAGAGGAGUCCCGGGAGGAUGAUAUUUAAAGCAUUGCGCUCCGUGGAGGGUUAGACGACACAUCUGGUUGAUAGCCUAGUUUUGAAAAAAUCCCAGCAUGCUCUGUCCAGUCACUUGAAAAUGCUAAACGUAUGACUAGAAACUGCUGAGAUUGAUUUCUGUAUUGUUUUACCACUAACAAGCCUAAGAAACUUUAACAAUUUCUCUUGGCAGUGAAGAAACAGAGUGCGAGCGAGGAAAGAUCACGGCUGCCUUUUUGUGCCAUUUUGCUUAUGUCGCAUUACGUGAUUUGUGAAAUAUUUACAUACUACACACUAUAUUUUUGAUACAGCAAAAUUUGAAACUAUUAUUUAUUCUCGGACACUUCAGGAACGGAAGGGGUAUUUUUUAUCUGGUUUGGCAAGCAAGCAAGCAAGUUGAUGCAUGACUGAGUGUUCCAUCAACACUGCGCACAGGGCAGUCCAACGGAAAAUUUAAUAGUGCUCAGAUCUUACUGGCGCACCAUCUUAAUCAAACGCCAUCGAUCCGUACCUUGACGCUCUGCUGGAGUUUAUUUGGACAUCUGGAUGCUAAGAAUAAGUGUAAGGAAAGGAGAGAAGCAAAGCAGAAAAAUAAUGUUUUGUCAGCACGAGAUAUGAAAAGAUUUAGAAAAUACAUAUAUAUUACAUUUCCUCAAAAGUUUAGAUAGGCUAUCAUCAACUCACAUUUAGCCGAUUUUUUGUUAUUCCUUGUAUAACCAUAAUUUUAAAAUCUAUUUAUUAAGACAAGUAAUCUAACAUUAUUAUUACUACAUAUUGCAGUUCGAUAAUUAAAAGAUAAUUUAAAAAACGUUUGAAAAGAAAAUUCUGGUCCCUGGGAGUAUAACUCAGACUCAGCAUGGCAUCCGUGUUGGACAGUGCUUGUUCGCCAGCCUUGACUAUGACUGGGAGGAACGGCAGCAGCAGCAGUGGCACCUCCUCUCCAACCUGCAACCAGAGCAUGCUUAAACUGGCCCCCUACUCCCCGGAGGCCACGGCGGCGUUCGCCACAGCAAUCACGCUGAUGGUGCUCAUCACCAUCGUGGGGAACAUCCUGGUGAUCAUCGCGGUGCUGACGAGCCGCUCGCUGCGCGGCCCUCAGAACCUCUUCCUGGUGUCGCUGGCGGCAGCGGACAUCCUGGUGGCCACCCUCAUCAUCCCCUUCUCGCUGGCCAACGAGCUCAUGGGCUACUGGUACUUCCGCACCGUCUGGUGCGAGAUCUACCUGGCGCUGGACGUGCUCUUCUGCACCUCGUCCAUCGUGCACCUGUGCGCCAUCAGCCUGGACCGCUACUUGUCCAUCUCGCGCGCCGUCACCUACGGCGCCCAGCGCACGCCGCGCCGCAUCAAGGCGGCCAUCCUGGUGGUGUGGCUCAUCUCAGCGGUCAUCUCCUUCCCGCCUCUGCUCUCCAUGAACAAGAAGCAGGACGCGGAGGGCGAGGGCCGAGGCCCGCAGUGCCAGCUGAACGACGAGCGCUGGUACAUCCUCUACUCCACCAUUGGCUCCUUCUUCGCGCCGUGCCUCAUCAUGAUCCUGGUCUACAUGCGCAUCUACCAGAUCGCCAAGCAGCGCACGCGAUGCCCGCCGGGGGAGCCGCGCAAGGACGGAGCCAAGGGGUCGUCGUCGGCGGCGCCCACCCCGCAGUUGAAGACCCACGGCCAGCACCAGCCCAACGGCAGGGGCAGCGGCGACGCGGGGACACCAGGUAUCCCCCACAAGCAGGUGGCCAACGCCACUCCCCGGCCUCACCAUCUUGCCGUGCCGCACACGCCCUCCCCUCACAUGGGCAAGCGGCAGCAGCAGGCUGGCACCCCUUCGGCCAACAACCUGCUCCAGGGGCCCUCACCCUCCCCGGCUCCAACCCCGACCACCCCCCUGGGGCCGACGCCGGCAAACUCCCCCUCUAUAUCCUCCGCCAGCCAGCCGCAGCAACAACAGCUGCCGGACAGCACUCCAGUCAAGCCAGCUAAGGAGUCCGCGGUGGCGCCAGCGGACGAGAAGAAAUCCAAGCGCCAGGAGAAGAAGGCCAUCAACAACAACGGGGACACGUCCAGCUCGGACUCGGACACCGAGCCCGGCGGAGCGGGCAGUGGCGGCGGUGGCCCGGACAACAACCCCACGCCCAGCAUGGCGGGCUCGCCCAGCCCGGGCAUCCACUCGCCCGCCACCAUGCAGAAGUACCGGGACAUGAUCGCAACGGCCAAAGGCGCCAAGCUGAUCGCCCGCAGGUCCAAGCAGGAGGGCACGCCCAACUCGGCGCGCCGUAAGGCCAUGGUCAACCGUGAGAAGCGCUUCACCUUUGUGCUGGCGGUGGUCAUCGGCGUCUUCGUGGUCUGCUGGUUCCCCUUUUUCUUCUCAUACAGCCUGCAGGCCAUCUGCCCGGAGACCUGCAACCUCCCCGAGCCCCUCUUCAAGUUCUUCUUCUGGAUCGGCUACUGCAACAGCUGCCUCAACCCGGUCAUCUACACCAUCUUCAACAAGGACUUCCGUCGGGCCUUCAAGAAGAUCUUGUGCAGGAACACCAAGGGCACAUUCUUUUGAAGGCAAAUGGGGUGGGGUGGGGGCAACUUACCAUGUCAUGCUUUUCCUAAAGGGCAAAAAAAUAAAAAAUAACAAAAUAUUCAAUCAAAACAGCAAACCGACAAUGCAUUUUGUAAAAUACAGAGGACAAUACUGGUGUAUGAACACACACAGGACACCUUCAAGCCUUGAGAUAAAAAAAAGACCACCUAAACACCUUCUAGAGACAAAACAGGUACAAAAAACUAAACAAAUGAUGAACUUGACACGAAUCUUCUCAUGAGGUGAAUGACAAUGAUGAUCUACUGCUCUGACUGUCUUAACAGAGGUUGCUUUUGGAAUGCAAUAAAGAGAGGCUUUUCCCCCAUCAACACUGACGGAGACUGAAGGGUCAAACGAGGGGACGGCUUUUAUUCAGAGGAGACAAGGAUGGCACAUACCAGUGGGUGGAGGGUGAGGUGAGGCGGCGGCGGCGCUUGUUUUGAAGGCAAAGGGCAUAAGAAAAGCACAAGACCGGAUUACAAGUCUGUUCCAUUUUUUUUUUUUGGUUAUAGUUCUUGUUGUGGUUGUUGUUGUUGUUAUUGUUGUUGGUGUUGUUGUUGAUUGCCAUUCUGAGAACAUACUGGCCUCAGGGAUACUCAGCGCAUGCGAUCUUGUAAAAGAUUUUUAUCCUGAUGAGAGCCCGACAAACAAAGCCUGGAUUUUUUUCAUUUUUUCAUUUUGUGAUGAUCUGGUUUUCUCUGAACACUAUGCUUAGGUGUACUGUAAAAUCAUUUAAAAAAAAAGACUUCACAUGUAUCCAGAGCACGGAGUCAUGACAUUGAUAUAUCUUCAGAGCUUUAAUGUUUUAUAAUGAAGUAGACAGACGGUGAGGAUUUUUAGAAAAAACGCCUUUGUACUACUCUCUGGCCUUCCAGCGCUGCUGUCUGACGAGGUGAAUAUCAGCGAGUGCUUGAGGGCUUCUCUCCCUGGGACUUCUCCUGCAGUCCCCUGUCCUGGGACAUGCACUGCACUGCGAGGAGACAAAUAACAAUGAAAAAUGUGUGUGUGUGUGUGGUGUGUGUGUGUGUGUGUGUGUGUGUGUGUGUGUGUACUGUACAUCUUAGGAUGUAUGGACAUCUCUGAAUUGCUUUGUUUCAUACACACACACACACACACACACACACACGGGCUUUACUGUCUCUCUCUCUCUCUCUGUGUGUGUGUGUGUGUGUGUGUGUGCGCGCGUGUGUGCGUGACACAGGGCCUGCCCACCAGGUGACAAGCACAAGGCGAGACACAAACAACACUAAAGUGGAAUCAGGUGAUUUGUGUGAAGGAGACACUGGCACUCUGUGGAACACAAUGGAUGCGUUUGAUGGGUGGUAGCGGCGGUACAUGCCUUGUGUGUGUGUGUGUGUGUGUGUGUGUGUGUGUGUGUGUGUGUGUGUGUGUGUGUGUGAUGGGUGGUAGCGGCGGGACAUGCCUUGGCAGACUACUGCGCUGCCUCAUACAGAAAGUAUAAAAAACAGUCGACAGAUGCCAGGCAACGACAGAGGAACUGACCAGCCAUUUUCAGGGCAGCGUAAAAGAGAUCCUUUUGUUGCCAUUUUGGAUUUAGUCUGUUUUCCGUGUGUAUUAUUUCCAUUUUGAGGAAGGGAGAUGAGGAGGUAGAGGGGGCAGAUACAAAUCUUUCCAGCUUCUUACUUAAGAACUGUAACUGUAACAGUUUUACAACUCAUGCAUCAACAAAAAAAACUGUAUUGUUUUUUUCUUUUUUGGGGUGGGGGGAUCCAGGAGCUUUGCGAUGAUGAUCACACAUACGUGACUCUCUCCUGUGUACUCUGCACUCCGUAAAUAUGCCACUGUUGAGGAGGAUGACCACUGUCUGCCUCUGUACCCUGGCAGUCCCCCCCCCCCCCCCUUUACUGACCUGACUGUGAAAGGCUACGCUUCGUCAGGGAGACUCAUGGGACUAAGGGCUGAAGGCAAUGAUGCUUAUUUUCUCUAUCUCUCUUAGCGUGUGUGUGCGGGUGUGUGAUAAAGAGGGAGACAGUGGCAUGUGUGUGUGUGUGUAUGUGUUUGUGUGUGUGUGUGUGUGUGUGUGACUGUGUGCGUGUCAAAGCCAGAGUGGUGUGCACGAGUCUUGCUUAUGUGUGUUUUUGCGCAUGCCGGCCGUGGCAUCAGAGCUCAAGAAUGUGUGCUGUGAGCGAGUGUGUGUACGCCUGAACCCCUGUGUGCGUGUGUGUGUCAUGUGUGUGCUGUGUCUCUGGGAGAUAGUUGGCGUGCUUGAGUGUGCGAUUGUCAGACCCAUGACCUGCUCUGACAGCCCCCCCC